UGAAGAGAGAAAAAAAAUAGUCGCCGUUGGUCCAGAAGACUCGCGUGCUGGUGGUGGACUGAGUUUCGUGGAGCCUUGCAAUUCGGGAAUCUCCAUGGAAGCUCCACUACAAACACGUGUUAACCCUUUCCUUUCUUCCUAACUAAACUUAAUUUGUUAUUGAGCUCAGUGGAGGAGACAGGACACAAAUCACAAUCAGACAAAAUAAAAAAGGUUCCUUUUUUCUUCUUCUUAAAUCCGAAUCGGACGACGCUGAGUGUUGCUUUCCCGGUUGAUUCGUGAUGGGUUUUGGCGUUUUGAGUUGAGAAUCCAUUCUGGGUUGUGUUGGUGAAUCAAGAGAGAGAGAGAGAGAGUGUGUGUGUGUGAGGGGGAAGAGAGAGGAAAGUGGGUUUACCGGUGACCGGAGUUGAGUUUUCAGGCGAGAAGAAAUGGACGGAGAAGGGAUCUCUGAUGGUUUAUUGGCUGAUAGGAAAGUGGAAAUCAGAGUAAGGAAAAAUGGGAGAAAGGAUAAGGUUAUAGUUGAGAAAUCUACAGCUGAAGGCUUACCUGAAGGAUGGAUCAAGAAGCUUGUAAUAUCAAACAGACCAGGCCGUAAAAGUAGAAGAGAUCCAUUCUUCAUUGACCCUAAAAGUGAGUAUAUCUUUCAAUCCUUCAAAGACGCAUCACGGUAUGCUGAGACUGGUGAUCUUGGAAAUUAUGCACGUAAACUGAAGGAAAGCGAUUUCGAAGAUGAUUCCUCCGGAAAUGGAAAGAACGUCCUUCUUCUGGAGUCUGCAGAUGAUUUAUUGGAAAAGGAGAAGAACAGAAAUAUUUCUGUAAGAAGUAGUAAACGAAGAAACUCAUCGUCUUCUGAUGAACAUUCCGAGAAUUGGAAAAUGAACUCUGAAUUGAGCAUUGUAACCUCACAAGUUCUUGAGGAUCUGGAGAAGAAGGAAGAGACGAAAGAUCCUAUCGAAAUUCAGUCCAUACCGAAACGGGUUACUAGGAGCCAAGCUAAAGCAAGUAAGAAUGAGGAAGACGAAGAUUUCAAAAGAAAAAACCUAUCUACAUCAAAUGCAAAAUCAGAAGAAGAUAGUGUAAGAUCAAGACUGAGGAGUGCAAGUUCACAAAGUCCAGAGAAGAAAUCUGAUAUGAAAAUGGAAGAGGUACAAGAUUCUACUGAAAAACGGAUCACAAGGAGUAUAGCUAUAGUGAAGAAGAAUGAGUUAACUGUUAGUGUUGCCCGAAGAGCAUCAAAACGAUUAGCUGGUAUUGAGCUUGAACCGACGCCUGAACUUAAGACAAGAACCAAAGCUCAACGAGUAGUACCUCCUGAUGAUGUAACAUCUGAAAAGUGCAAGCAACCUGUGAGUCCUGUUGCUACCGGUGGAUUGAAAAAGAUGGAUAUACCCCUCAAUGAGGAAGUAGCCAAAAGCUAUAAUGAACAAGAAUCUUCUCCAAAACCAAAUGCUGCUGUUACAAGCAACGAUUGUCUGAGAGCAGAAACGGAAGAGCAGGUAGAAAAGAUCUGGAAACCAGUAGGCAAGAAUGGCUCUGGAGACAAGAAGAAAAUGAAGACGCCACUGGUGAUAUCCGAGGCUGAACUGAAUCCAGUUUUUCAUCUUGACGGUUACAUGCAGAAGGAAGAAAAGUCGCCAGUGUCACCAUUGUCUCGCCAAACUUCAGCAACAAAGCGUGAGAAGACAGUAGCAGGCAAAAGAGUGGGGCGGCCGAGUCCAAAGGCUAAUAAAGUUACCAGUCCGAAAGCAACUGAGAUCUCGGCUUUGAGGAAAAAUAUAGUAAGCAACGACAUUCAAUCGUCUGUUGUUAGAGGCGCAAGCUCAGAAGUGAUGGAGAGGAAUACAAACAGCUUCACCUCAACGUUUGACUCGACUCUUGCGGAUCUUUGGAAAGAUCCUUGCAUAGCCUUUGCUAUCAAAACACUGACCGGAGAAUCUCUGCAUCUUCCAAACACUGCAGCAGUCUCUUCUGAUCAAAAUAACAGUCACGCAAAGCAGAAAGGAGUCGCCUUUUCUCCAGAGACGCACACUACUGGCUCUGAAAAACCGGGAGUUUCUAGUGAAUCACCGUGUAUGGAUGAUAUCUGGAAAGACCCGUGUAUCGACUUUGCUAUAAAAACACUGACAGGCGCAAUCCCGAUCGGGUUAGAUGAGCCAGGUACGAAAAUUAAGUCCGAGGAGAUGACAGUUACAGCAACAGCAAGGCAAGAACAGGAAGGUAGGCAAAGCAGCUGUGAUUAUUUGGUUCAACAGUGUAGUAGUAACAUGAAGAAGAAGACUCUGGGGAAAUUUGAGGAUCCAAGGUUUCCACAAACUUUCUCCAAGGACUAGAGAUGUUUUCUUUCUCUUAGGGGCAUUUUGAUAACACCAUGGGUUGUAAUGUUAACAAUCCAUGCGUUAGGCCAUGUUCUCUAAAUACAUGUGUAUUAGUUUGUGUAUCGACAGAACCUGGUAACUCAUCAACUCUUUUAACCACCCUUGAUCUUGUAACAAUGGAUGCUUCUAGGUUUUCUCUCAAA